AUUUUAAAAUGGCCUCUCAAGUUAUACUUGAUCAGAUUCGUGAAAUUGAGUUAUUUAUUGACGUUUGGGAAACUCAAGAGUCAGGUACACCUCUAUCUGCUGUUGAGAAACAAGAUCAGUUACAGAAACCAGAUGAAGAGUUAUCAAAAGAUGAACCUAUCAUCUGUAUUGAACAGAAGGAUCCUAAACAGGACCUGUUCGAAAAGCCUAAAGAAUAUGUGCCAAUAGAUCCACUGAUCGAAGAAAAAGAAAUGAUCCAAGGGACUUACGUUCCUGACGAAAAGGAGCCAGACCCUACAAUUCUUGAGAAUAGCGCCAGAGAGAAAUCUGUUCCUGAUACGAUCACGAUAUCUGACGAAGUAAUACCGUCUAAAAUAGAAUUACUAGAGAAAGAAGGGAUAUGUGAAGAAAAAAUAGCUGAAGAGCUGGACAAGGAGGCAAUUGAUCCACAGUCUAUAUCAUGUGCAUCUCAGCUUCAAAAGCCAGAAGAAAAGACGAUAGAAAGAGAACCUGAAAAGAAGAAGAGUAUCUUGAGGAAAGCCGUAUUGGAAAACUAUAGAAAUGCUAGUGAAGACAAGGAAAAGAUUCUAAUUGAACAACAGACGAACGCAUUGCCUUCACCUUCUUCAUCCUUACGCAGUCUACAUAUUCUUCCUGAUCGAUCCAUGAUAUCCAUCAAGGAUGCUUAUGCGUCACCCGUCAAAACUGAUCCAGGUAUAUUAUCGAGACAAUCAUCAAGAAAAGACAACAUGAGCGACACUGCAUCCAUUUCAAUAAAAUCUUUAUCGACAAGGUCAUUUCUUAAUGAACAGCCAAUGCAGCCGUCAUCCAGACCUGUGACACAGUCAAGAAGAGGAUCCAUAUCCAGCAAGAAAUCAUCUCAGUCGAUCAAAAGCGCACGACGACACAAUGAGAAAAAGGCAUCUCAGGCAGCACAAAAGUAUAUACCGAGGACAUACGAGGAGAUGAUGCGCAUACCAGACAUUUAUGAACGAAUUGUUUUUUAUGAAAAGACGCUUGACCUGUGUUUAAGAACAGAAUCUCCAAUCACACACUGGAGUCAGUUUAUGUCAACAAGAGGAAAACCAAAAGCCCUUGAAGAAGGGUAUGUUCCAAUGCCUAGGUCUGAUUCUCCUGAACCAUCUCCGUUUGCCAGUUCGAGUACAUCUCUUAGUGGAUCGAUAUCGAUGUUUUUGAAAAAGGCAGCUGGUUCUCAAGCAUUUACGAGAAGAAAUACGAUGGAUAAAAGAUCUUUUUUAGCACCAAGUCAGAGUACCUAUGGAAGCGGACUCUUUCAACGGUCCAUCAGCCGACUUAGUCUUUCCCGAUCGACACAGAUACCUAAGUAUGACCAGUACAAAACGCCGAACCAAAGAGUGAACGCACUGAACAAGAGAUCACCUAAUUCUAAAAGAGGAUCCAUUGGUGUGACGAAUACUACAUUUAACAAUCGAAUGGAUAUACCCAAAUCUAGCAUAAGUGCGCCUCGACCACUAGGAACUAGCUCUACAAGCCCUUGUAGAGAGCAGUCUCCAGAAUUGAACUAUUUGAUGGGCGUAUUUCCACAUGAAGAUAUGCGUACUUUAUUAGACGCGUUGAAUGAAGCGAAUGGGGAUCCGAUGAGUGCCAUUACCAUUAGUGCAUUCCAGUAUGGCUAUCAUAACGGUGCACUGAACACACCACAAUCAGUUAUAUCAAAAUGUCAACAAACAGCUACAAUCUAUCAACCUGAUUGCAUACCCAUGUCAGAUUCGAAAUAUUCGCUUGUUGUUGCCAUGUUAACAGCAGGUGGUCUUGUAGGCGCACUUGGCUGUCCUCAUUUCAAUGACCGUUAUGGACGACGAUUGACCUUAUUUAGUACCAACCUAUUUCUCGGCAUAGGCUCUCUACUGUUGACCUUUGCUACAACUCCCUAUGUGAUGAUGAUGGGACGAUUUCUAGCAGGUAUCGGCGCCGGCAUGGUUACUGUGAUUGUGCCUCCUUAUAUUUCAGAGUGCGUCCCACCAUCUAAGCGCGGUCUGUUUGGCACAUUUAAUCAGCUAUCGAUUGUGAUUGGUAUCAUGAUUGCACAGAUUGUAGGCUUAGUGUGGUCGACGCUGGCCAGAUGGAGAUAUAUUCUUGCGAUCGGCAUCUUGCUCGCCAUACUGCAAUCGUGUCUCCUGCCCUUCUGUGUUGAUUCACCUCGUUACCUCGCAUCUCUUCCAGGAGGCUUCAACAGAGCAAAACAGUCAUUAUUAAGAUUAAGAGGCACAUCCAUUGAAGAAGUUGAGGAAGAGAUCGCUGCCUGGAGACGGGAGUGGGCUAAUCAAGUUCAAGACGAGACACUGGUAGAUGAGUACCAUCAUGGUGGAGUCAUCCAGUCUGUAGACAGCGGCCAUCAAAAGGUGACCAGCUGGAAGUUCUUGACAUCGCCAUUCUAUCGUCGACCACUGUUGAUUAUCCUACUGUUACAGCUCGCACAGCAACUCUCUGGUGUGAACGCAGUUGUAUUUUAUUCUACAUCCAUCAUGUCGUCUGUCUUUCCUGAACUCUCUGGCGUCAUCACAGUGUGUAUCUCUGUUGUCAAUCUCAUCAUGACCACUGUCUCCGCCAUCUUGAUGGACAAGGUGGGACGCCGUUCCUUGUUUCUGACAUCCAGCAGUCUUAUGGCUCUUAUGGCAUUUCUUCUAGGUUGGAGCAUAACGAAUGGAUAUGACAAGACGUCUGCUUUUGCCAUUAUUGGCUUUAUUGCUUCCUUUGCUAUAGGUCUAGGCCCUAUACCAUUUCUUAUGAUACCCGAAGUAGUAGAAACUCAUGCAGUAUCUGUUGCUUGCUCUGUUGGAUUAGCUGUCAAUAUGACAUCGAAUUUUAUUGUAUCUGCCGGUUUCCUCAGUCUUCAAAACACACUAGGACCUCAAGCCUUUUACGUAUUUAGUGUUGCUCUCAUUGCCCUCACUACGGUUGCUGUAUUUAUCUUGCCCGAGACAAAAGGAAGGAGUGCAGAAGAUGUGAUUCGAUCAGGAUACUCUAUAUAUCCUUGUAGCUACGAACCUAUUAAUUCUUUUGAAUAA